UGUCCUACGUGGCUCCCGGCCCAGAAGCGUGCCCAGCGAUCACAAAUGGGGCUUUGUGUUCCCGAGACAAAGAACACACUCCUCACCCCCAACCUGGGCCAGGGCUUGUCUGCCUUGCCACAUCCUUGGCCUCGGAAGGGAUGGUGCCACUUCCCAGGAGGGGAAACUGAGGUCUAGAGACAGGUCUGUGGAGCCAGAAGAAGGGUCUGCCCCUGGUUUGGGGGUAGAGGUGGAGCAGAGAGGCGCAGUUGCCGGUUUCCAUGGGGGUAAAUUCUCCUGCCAUGGACGGUGUCACGUUCCCACUGUGGCGUUGCUGAACACCGAGGUAGAAAGCCAUGGCUACAGCCAUCCUUGACCUUGGGAUCUCUCGAUCAGAUUUCUCAGCUGAGAUGCAAAGCCCCAGAUUCUUCCUGCGCAGCAGCCUGGAGCCGCGGUGGCUACUGAGGUGUGGUUGCGCCAUCUGUCCCCGGAAUUCGGGGUGGGGUCUGGUGUUCCACUUCGGGGAGCUCGGUGUCAGGUAUGGCCGUGGGUUCAGGAUGUCCUACUAUGGCCGCGACUCUUACUGAGCCCUUGCUGUAUGCCAGGGUGUGUUGAACAUCUGACUUUUUCCUCAUCCCAUCCUCACACCCAGGAGAUGAGGUGGGUGCUGUUAUUAAUCCCCAAUUUACAGACAAGGAAACCGAGGCACCCAGAGGGUGCCCGAGAACAGCCAGCUCAUAAGUGUAGGUGCCACGAUUCAGUCCCAGGUUGGCUUGGCUGGAUGCUAGAACCUCUGCUCUUAACCCCUGAGCUCAGCGUCUCCUGCUACUGAAGGUGUUCUGCAGCUCUUGUGAGCAUCCCAGCGGUGCUAGGCUAGGUAGAGAGCUGGCAAGAAGAUGAUCAUGGGUUUGUCUUUAAGGGCUUCGAGGAAGGGGAAAGAGAGGAGGCUAACCAUUUCUUGAGCACCUACUAUGUGCCAGGAAUGAUGCCAGGUGCCUUACACGGCCUCUGGAUCAACUCUCACAACAACCCUUGAGAAAGGUGAGACCCUUCCCACAUGACAGCCCAGGCUUGGGUGCUCAUGAGCCCACCUUCCCCUCCCCGAGCUGGGUAGCCCCCAGCAGGUCACACUCUUUCUCUCCGCCUCCUUCACCCUUUGGUGCCCUGACGGGAGAUGCCCUGGGAGACCUCAAACCCUCUGCCAGUUUCAAGUCAAAACUUCUCAGAACAACAGGAAGUGGCCAAGCCAUUCGGAAAGUUUGAGGACUGUGGCCACAGCCCCAGACGCAUUUCAGGGUCCAUAUCCGGUUAUUGGACAAGUGCCAGAGCUAGCUCCCUGGAGGCCUGGCUGGCACAUUCCAUAGCUUUCAUAACCUUCCUGGGGACCUGGGGAGGGGCAUUUGGGAAUGAGACUUCCUGCUCAGCUCCGGAAGACUGGCCGAGUUGGCUGGUGGCGGUUUGGCUGGCAUCCCAGGUGGCCCCAGGACCUAGCCCCUCAGGUUCCAUCAGGGGUCUCUGGGGGCCGGAGAGCCUAUCUGAGAUCUCUGCAGGAUCUCAGAAGAAAAAGGGUUAGCCAAAAGCUCUCACCUAGGUGGGGGUGGGAAAGGGACAGGGCGCCUAUCUUGAAGUAGCAUGCACUUAGCAAGUAUUGGUUUCCCCUGGUAAGGAAUCGGGGGCUGCUUAGUAAGGCACCUGGAGGGUGUUGGUGUUUUAACACUCCCUUGGGGCUACCGCGGUUCUGGAUUUGACCCUGGAUCACCUCUCGUACCCUGCUGAAGGAUGCUGCAAUACUUCUAAGCCUUGGGGCCAGCCCUGCUAGACCCAUAGCCCAGAUGGGGUAACUGAGGCCCAGUCUUUGGAAGUUGGAGGACUCCGCAGGUAGCGGACAGCUGGGGAGAGAACUCCAGGGAUCAGAACCCCUUACCAGCUUGGCUGGAGUGCCAGCUGGGAAGUCAAGGAGGGAGCUUGGGAGACAGAUCACUGGCUACUCCUGUGGCUGUUCUGGGCCCUCCUGGUCCUGCCGGUCUGGGCAUCGGCUGCGGUAAUCAUUCGGCUGGGGCCUCCCCAUUGGUGCCCAGCCCUGGGCUGACCAAAGUGAGUCAGGCUUGGUGCCAGUUCUUCCAAGAACUCUUAGGAGGGUAAACAACAAACUCACGGGGAGAAAUAGUGUAAGGAUCUAUCCUGGGACAGGCUCUUCCUGUAGCAUUGUUUCAAAUGUGUUUGUCAAACUCCAAGUUUUGACACUUGAAAAAUGUACAACCCUGGAGCUGAGGAACCGAGAAAAAGAGAAGAAAACCUCUGUCUGGGGUGGAAGGGCAUCUUCGAAGCCUCCCUAGGAGAGAUGAUGUUUGAGUUAUGCCUCGAAGGACAAUAAUAAUAAUAACAAUAACAAUAAUAAUAAUAUCAAAUGCUUUUUAUAAGCUUCUUAUGUGCCUGUGACUGUUUUGGGACCUGUAUCUGCUUCUUUCAUAUCUGCUUUAUGUCAUCGAAUUCUCUCAAAACCCUGUGAGCAAAAUACUAUGUUAUUCCUAUUGAACAGAUGAGGAAAGCAAGCCAAGGCACAGAGAGGUUAAGUGACUUGCUCAAGACCACACAGCUAGCAAGAGGUAGAGUCAGGAUUCAAAUCCAGGAAGGCAAGCCAGUCACUGCCUGAGGCCUUCCCUGAGCUAUCUAAUCCCUCUGAACCCGUUUCUUUAUGCAUAAAAUGGGGGCGAUAGUGCAAGAGUACUUAGUGCGUAGAAUUAUGGUGAGGACAAAGAGGAUACAAUCCCCGGAAACCGCUUAGAGCAGUGCCUGGCACACAGUAAGUGUUCCAACAGUUGUAGAUGACUUCUGUCACCGCCGUCGUGGUUAUCUUCAGGCCUCCCCUCCCCCUCCGGCCGCGGCCGCCUCCCCCGCAGUGCCAGCCCGUGACGUGGGAGCUGCGGCUCGCACAGUCUGGGUUUAAUUGGAAACUAAACGAGGAGGAAGGGGGUGUUCGGGGCCCCUCCCUUGACUCUGAACCGACCCCCCUACUCCCCCCGCCCCGGAAUGUGCGACUCCCUCUUUAGCGACGCCUCCCGCCGACCGCGGGUACUGCUCCCGCACGGGGCACGGAGCGGGGACCGGGGAGGCGGCGCCGGGAUGGGAGGCAGGGGAGGGCCGGGGAGGUGCGACUGUGCUGGAGGGAGGGCAGGCAGGGGACAUGCCGGGUCUUCUGAGCCCCAGGUCAGCUCACCACGAGCCAGCGGCCGCGCCCGCCACGGCCGUGGGCCGCUCCCCACCUGGCAGUCAGCGCGCCCAGGUCUCCGCGGCCCGGGCGCUCGGGCGCGCUUGGCUGGGGUGCCGGCAGAGGGCGCGCGAGGGGGCCCGGGGACGGGCGGGGGCCACGCGGGAGGCGGGAUUGGGGGGAGGGCCCUGGGCUGCCCCUCCCGCCCCCUGCCCGCCCACCCGGAGCUCCAGACUAGGAGGCACGAGCGGCGGGGGCCCCCUGCGCGCUCUGCCGCCUCCUACCUGUAGAGCCCGAGGGGCUCCCCCUCGCCGGACACCUAUUCUUUCUCCUCCGGAAACCUCCCGCCUAGCUACCCGCGUCUCGCAUAGGCGGCGCUGGGACCCCGGGACAGGGCGCCAGGCUCGCAGCUGGUGACAUGUAGACGCGCCCUCCACGGUCCAGCCUCGGCACCUGGGCACCCUUCUGCCCGUAAAGUUUGGGGCUGGGCGCCAUGGCCAAGAGCAGCUCCCUGAAUGUCCGCGUGGUGGAGGGCCGGGCGCUGCCCGCCAAGGACGUGUCUGGGAGCAGUGACCCCUACUGCAUCGUGAAGGUGGAUGACGAGGUGGUGGCCAGGACAGCAACUGUCUGGCGGAGCCUGAGCCCCUUCUGGGGGGAGGAAUACACCAUACACCUGCCCCUGGAUUUCCACCAUCUGGCCUUCUAUGUGCUGGACGAGGAUACAGUGGGGCACGACGACAUCAUUGGCAAGAUCUCGCUGAGCAGGGAAGCAAUUGCAGCCGACCCCCGAGGAAUUGAUAGCUGGAUCAACCUGAGCCGUGUGGACCCAGAUGCAGAGGUUCAGGGUGAGAUCUGCUUGGAUGUACAGAUGCUGGAGGAUGCACGGGGCCGUUGUCUUCAUUGUCAUGUGCUCCAGGCCAGGGACCUGGCCCCCCGGGAUAUCACCGGCACAUCUGACCCAUUCGCACGAGUGUUCUGGGGCAGCCAGAGUUUGGAGACGUCAACCAUCAAGAAGACCCGCUUCCCACACUGGGAUGAGGUGCUGGAGCUGCGGGAGAUGCCGGGUGCCCCAGCCCCACUGCGAGUGGAGCUCUGGGACUGGGACAUGGUGGGCAAGAAUGACUUCUUGGGCAUGGUGGAGUUCCCCCCACAGGUCCUGCAGCAGAACGCACCCAGUGGCUGGUUCCGUCUCCUGCCCUUUCCCAGAGCCGAGGAGGAUUCUGGGGGGACCCUGGGCGCGCUGCGGCUGAAGGUGCGCCUCAUCGAGGACCGCAUCCUGCCCUCCCAGUAUUACCAGCCGCUCACGGAGCUGCUCAUGGAGUCUGUGCUGGGGCCGGCAGAGGAGGAUGCUGCUAGUCCCCUGGCUGUGCUGGAGGAGCUGACCUUGGGGGACUGCCGCCAGGACCUUGCCACCAAGCUAGUGAAGCUCUUUCUUGGCCAGGGCCAGGCUGGGCCCUUUCUGGACUAUCUCACCCGGCGUGAGGUGACCCGGACCACUGACCCCAACACCCUCUUCCGUUCUAACUCCCUGGCAUCCAAGGCAAUGGAACAGUUUAUGAAGCUCGUGGGCAUGCCUUACCUGCACGAGGUCCUGAAGCCGGUGAUUAACCGUGUCUUCGAGGAAAAGAAGUACAUGGAGCUGGACCCGUGCAAGAUGGACCUGGGCCGCACCAGGAGAAUCUCCUUCAAGGGCGCACCCUCAGAGGAGCACGUGCGGGACGCCAGCCUGGGGCUGCUGACCGGCUACCUGGGGCCCAUCGUGGAGGCCAUCGUGGGCUCCGUGGGGCGCUGCCCGCCUGCCAUGCGCCUCGCCUUCAAGCAGCUGCACCAGUGCGUGGAGGAGCGCUUCCCCCAGGCGGAGCAUGAGGAUGUGAAGUACCUGGCCAUAAGUGGCUUUCUCUUCCUGCGAUUCUUUGCACCUGCCAUCCUCACCCCGAAGCUGUUUGACCUCCGGGACCAGCAUGCAGAUCCCCAGACCAGCCGCUCACUGCUACUGCUUGCCAAGGCUGUGCAGAGCAUCGGAAACCUGGGCCAGCAGCUGGGCCAGGGCAAGGAGCUAUGGAUGGCCCCCCUCCACCCCUUCCUGCUGCAGAGUAUCUCACGUGUGAGACACUUCCUGGACCAGCUGGUGGAUGUGGAUGAGGAGGAGGAGGCUGGGGGCCCAGCCAGGGCCCUGGUGGCCCCCUCAGUGAUUGUUCGUGAAGGUUACCUGCUGAAGCGCAAGGAGGAGCCCGCCAGCCUGGCCACACGCUUUGCCUUCAAGAAGCGUUACUUCUGGCUCAGCGGGGAGACUCUCUCCUACUCCAAGAGUCCUGAGUGGCAGAUGCGCUCCUCCAUCCCGGUGUCGCGCAUCCGCGCCGUGGAGCGCGUGGACGAGGGCGCCUUCCAGCUGCCGCACGUGAUGCAGGUGGUAACGCAGGACCCCACCAGCACGCUGCACACCACUUACCUCCAGUGCAAGAAUGUGAACGAGCUCAACCAGUGGCUGUCGGCUCUGCGCAAGGCCAGUGCCCCCAACCCGGACAAGCUGGCCGCCUGCCACCCCGGUGCCUUCCGCAGCUCGCGCUGGACCUGCUGCCUCCAGGCUGAGCGCUCAGCUGCUGGUUGUAGCCGCACACACUCGGCCGUCACCCUGGGGGACUGGAGCGACCCGCUGGAUCCCGACGCUGAGAUCCAGAUGGUGUAUCGGCGGCUGCUCCUGGGGCGGGACCAGCUCAGGAUGAAAUUCCAGGAGGAUCCCAACACAGAUUCAAGCCCAGAGGCAGAUGCAGAGAAGAGUUCUGGGGACACGGAAGGGGCCUGUCCCAAUGCCCUGGCCCGGCAGAGAGAGGCAGCCGCCCGCCUGCUGGAGGUGCUCGAAGAUCUGGACAGAGCCCAUGAAGAGUUCCAGCAGCGGGAGCAGCAGAAGGCAGCCCUGGGCCCCCUUGGGCACUGAGGAGAUGCCAGAGCCAGCCUGGAAGGAGGUGGAAGGAGCCAGCGGGCCCUUCUCAGUGCACCCCGGCCCCUUGAGGCUGUCCUAUACCUCGUUGAUGCUGUAGGGUAGAGGCUUCUGGAGAUCUCCUAGUCUCUGUGCCCUAAGUCCAGAACCCCAGGCAUAGAAGCCCUCUGGCGGGGGGCUGGCCUUUGUACUGAAUGAAUCUCAGUCUCUGGGCUGAGGCAGAUGGGCGUGGAUGGGAUAAGGAGUCCGACUCAUUCGGCUCAGUGGAAGGUCUCUGCUAAACCAGACUGGCCUCUGCCCACACCGACCAAGCCAGCCUGGUCCUGAGCUGCUGGAUACAGCUGUACGUGAAUUCCCGAUACCCACGUGGCCUUGUUGCCCCAGACAGGCACUAAAGAGGCUCAGCCCUUCCUGUUUUCAUGUCUGCCAAUCCGUGUAACCUUACUGAUCCUCCUGAACCCUGCCUUGGCUGAGAGUCCUAACCACAAGCUUCCAGAAUCAGGUUCCCUCGGGAAUAACGGAGGCUUGGACCCCAGUGUGCCAGACUCAGAUCCUUGGAUCCUGGGAGACCUUGGGCUAGGUUCUGAUCCCCUCUUUGAGCCUCAGUUCAUGCUGUAUAAAAUAAGGAGGGAGUG